ACUCUUCCGACCGCCUAUGCGAAUUUCUGUGGCAGCGAUAUUGCAAAGCGUAUCAAAUCGGUGGCAUGCAAUCUUUGAUGGAGGCAAUACGCAAGCAGUAUAUCUUUGAAUAAGGGAAGCAGAAGAGAUUUUUUUCUUUUUUUUUUACGUGGAGGAAAUCCGCACGGACGCCAGGCCACUUCUGGGGAAAGCGGCGUGGUAGUGUCGGACACCAACCGGCUAAAACCUCCACGAUGACCGUCCCUGAUGCGAUCGAGGGAGGCCCGACUUUUCUACACUAAGAUCACAUUAACACUAGGGAUUUCGUCGGCAUAGGCAUAAGCGAUUUCGUUGAAGACGAAAAUAAACACUCAGACCAUACAAUCCGCUUUAGGUUACAUUAUCGAGAUCGAUAUCAAUCGCAAUUGAGAGAUGCCGAAUUGGAGGCAUCUUAGUAAAGACUUCUCUUUCAUUGUUAUAUUUAUUAUUGGAGGAAUGAUUUUACGAACGAUGCAAACAUAUAAGGUUUAUUUCUGAAAUCAGCUAACCCGUCAAUUUGACGGGUCCCGAAAGAUAGGUAUACUACAUACAGAUUUCAAAAAUUAGAAAGCCUAGGAAAAAAUAAUUUUGUAUAUAAAUUCUUUAGACGAAAUGAUUAAUUUACGAUGUAAAAUGGUUAAAAUUGGUGCUAUGGUUUUUGAGAUAUUUCAUUUCGAAGUUCGAAAUCCGUCAAAUUGACGGGUCCUGUAAACCUAGUGUUAAGGCUACGUUCACGUAAUAGCGUAACAGUAUCGUAUAUGCCUCGUAACGGGAAACACUAUAUAAGUUUUACGUUUGUCCACUGUGACGAUUGUACAAAGAAUGCUUGAGUACCCUCGGCGUCCCAGCCGCGAAGAAGGUCAAAGCCCGUCAGCCUGUGCGCUAGCGAGGGAGAGGGCCCCUUUCAACACCCCCAAGUGACUUCGCUAUCUCUCACUAGAACCCAGGAUGACGGAACCCAGGUAAUCGCAAUCGCAAGACAUUGGGACCACACACUAUGCGGAUGAGGGAUUAAUUUACGACGCCGUGAUGUGCGAUGCGAGACAUAUAAACCAAGUUGAAGUUUAUCAGUACCGGCCGAUAUUCUUUAUUGUGUAUUGAAUUGCAUGUAAUCGAGGCGUAUCUCUUCAUCGCAUUCGAUGAUUAAGUUGAUCAUAAGUCCUACGUUCGCCGUAUUAAAUAACAGAGGGCGUAAGAAAUAUGUACUCUGAUAUUUUUCCACGUCGAUAUUAGAGAAACCGAAACACAAAUUUCUAUUUAAUGUUACGUCUAUCCUCUCCUUAGUCGAUGCGUAAAGCACCAACGAAAUUCUUAAAUCUCUAAAUAUUUCCUGUAAAAGAGUGCAAUUUAAAUCAAAUAUACUUUUAAUACUUUUGUAGCACGUACAUGUACAGAGUGUCAAAAAAUUAUUCAUGGUAGCUUUGGGAGAUAAUUCUACAUUUUCGAAUCAGUGAAGAUCUGUUAAAAAAGACCGCGUAUUGACCUGAAAGAAUUUUGUGGUAGUGCCAUGGUAGUAAUAUGUAGCUUAUAAAAAAACUAAAAUACAUCAAAACAAAUCAAAUUAAAAUAAUGACAUUCUUCACCGUUGCUGGAUCUGUAUGUAUACCUGAGUAUAUGUGUACAUGAUCGUGCAUAUAAUAUUGUAAUAUGUACCAACAACUAAAAGUACGAAAAAGUAUUGCAUGUCCCAUCUAUUUUAUACCAAAAAGGAAAUCUGUACAAAUACGUUUGUGAUUGAAUUAAACUACUAAACAGGCCGAAGCUGUUACCACGUAUAGUGAUUUCUCCGAUACUAAGCUGGUAAAAUAAACCACGCACAGUCGCGAACUCUUAUCAUCACGUACCGCCACAUGAUAUUUUUGUAGAAAGAAUUGAACUAAAUUUAAUAUCAUGGAAAAGUCACAGAAAAUGCCAAAAGUGGCAAAGGUUAAAAAUAAAGCACCUGCUGAAAUUCAAAUAACAGCAGAGCAACUUUUGCGGGAGGCAAAAGAACGGGACCUAGAAAUCUUACCACCACCACCAAAACAAAAGAUUUCUGAUCCUCAUGAGUUAGCUGAUUAUCAACAUCGGAAACGUAAAGCUUUUGAAGAUAAUAUUCGUAAAAAUCGUAUGGUGAUUUCAAAUUGGAUAAAAUAUGCUCAAUGGGAAGAGAGUCAAAAGCAGAUACAACGAGCAAGAUCCAUAUAUGAACGUGCUUUAGAUGUUGACCACAGAAACAUUACAUUAUGGCUCAAAUACACAGAAAUGGAAAUGCGAAAUCGUCAAGUAAAUCAUGCCAGAAAUUUAUGGGAUCGUGCUGUUACUAUAUUACCUAGAGCAAAUCAAUUUUGGUAUAAAUACACUUAUAUGGAAGAAAUGUUAGAAAAUAUUGCUGGAGCACGUCAGGUAUUUGAAAGAUGGAUGGAAUGGGAACCUGAUGAACAGGCAUGGCAAACAUAUAUCAAGUUCGAAUUGAGAUAUAAGGAAAUUCAGAGAGCUAGACAAAUUUAUGAACGAUUUGUAAUGGUACAUCCUGAUGUUAAGCACUGGAUAAAAUAUGCACGAUUUGAAGAAUCUCAUGGUUUUAUUAAUGGUGCUCGCAAUGUUUAUGAACGCGCCAUUGAUUUUUAUGGCGACGAAAAUUUGGAUGAAAGAUUAUUUAUUGCAUUUGCAAAGUUUGAGGAAGGACAAAGAGAACAUGAUCGAGCCAGAGUAAUUUAUAAGUAUGCAUUAGAUCAUAUUCCAAAAGAGAAAACACAGGAAAUUUAUAAAGCAUACACAAUACAUGAGAAAAAAUAUGGAGAUCGUUCAGGUAUUGAAGAUGUAAUAGUAAGUAAACGAAAAUAUCAAUACGAACAAGAAGUGAAAGAAAAUCCUUCUAAUUAUGAUGCCUGGUUCGAUUACUUGAGAUUAGUAGAAUCAGAAGGGAACAUGGAUGUCAUCAGGGAAACUUAUGAGCGUGCGAUAGCCAAUGUACCACCAACUAAAGAAAAGCUAUUUUGGAGAAGAUAUAUUUAUCUUUGGAUAAAUUAUGCUCUUUUUGAGGAACUUGAUACUGAAGAUAUAGAAAGAUGCAGACAAGUCUAUAAAGCUUGCUUAGAAUUAAUUCCUCACAAACAUUUCACUUUCUCUAAAAUCUGGUUAUUUUAUGCGUAUUUUGAAAUAAGACAGAAAAAUCUCACAGCAGCUAGAAAAAAAUUAGGUAUGGCGUUGGGUAUUUGUCCUAGAGAUAAAUUAUAUCGUGGAUACAUUGAUUUAGAAAUACAGUUGAGAGAAUUUGAUAGAUGUAGAAUUUUAUAUGAAAAAUUCCUCGAAUUUGGACCAGAAAAUUGUACUACAUGGAUGAAAUUCGCAGAGUUAGAAACGCUUUUGGGCGAUGUAGAACGAGCACGAGCUAUUUACGAAUUAGCUAUAUCACAGCCAAGAUUGGAUAUGCCAGAACUCUUAUGGAAAUCAUAUAUUGAUUUUGAGAUAUCACAAGAUGAAACAGAAAACGCAAGGCAAUUAUUCGAAAGAUUAUUGGAACGUACACUUCAUGUUAAAGUUUGGAUUGCCUAUGCUAAGUUUGAAUUAGCUAAUUCGACAACUGAGGAUGGUCUGGAUAAUGUUGUGUUGGCAAGAAGGAUUUUUGAACGUGGAAACGAUGCACUUAGAUCGAACGGUGAUAAAGAAAGUAGAGCAUUGCUUUUAGAAGCGUGGAGAGAUUUUGAAAGUGAGAAAGGAGAUGAUGACACUCGAGCUAAAAUUAUGGAGAAAAUGCCUCGAAGGAUUAAACGUAGAAGACGUAUUGUUGGAGAAGAUGGGAGUGAUGAUGGUUGGGAAGAAGUAUUUGAUUUUGUUUUCCCAGAAGAUGAAUCACAGAGACCUAAUCUUAAAUUCUUGGCAUCUGCUAAAGCUUGGAUGAAACAGAAAGAAAUGAAUGACAAAAAUGAAAAUAAUCAGAUAGAUUCCAAUAGUUAGAAAAAUAUUUUUUUUAUUUAGAAACAAUUUACUGUUUUUGUAAAUAAACUAAUGUUUGAUUUUUUCACUGUAAAUAAAAAUAUUAAUUAGCUUUUAAUUUUUUUAAGAGCAUCAAUUCCUUUUUUUCAAAUUUUAAGAUUCUACUUAGUUUACUCUAUACUAUACAUACUAAGAGAUACUAAGUUUAUAAUUUAAAAAAUCGUAAUAUAAUGUAUUAAAUCUUGAUCAUUUUCGUAACUGUACAGAAUUUACAUAAAGUGGCUCAGUUAAAUGAGAUCAUCUAAAUUUUUGCCUUAUUUAUUGUUGCAUGAAAAAUGUUUUCAGGACAAAGUUACAGUACUUGGUCAUUUCAUGGUCAUUUUUAGAAAUAAAACCUCAUUUUUCAAUAUCUUUGUAGAAUGUGACAAAACAAAUUCAGUAAUCUUAAUAAUCAUACAGUUUCCAUCAUAUAAUCUUGAGAUAUUUGCAUUUGGUAUAUAAAACUGUGGUCUAAAUGCGUAAGAAAUUUGUAAGAUUCUUAAGGAAAAUAUAAACAAGAUGAGGAAUAAAAAAUAAUUUAAAUUAUGUAAUUAUUCCUGUUUUAAUAACAUAGAAUUGUAUAACUCAUUUAGUUUAGAACUAUUAAAA